GAAGCAAAUAUAAAUUGAUUUGUAUAUCACUCUAUGUAUUGACCUUUAAGUUUCGAUUCAAUUUGGGGACUUAAUAUAGUAUAAUUGUUAUAGUUAAUAUGCUUUAGAACUUAGAUGUACCACUGUUGUUACUACUAGUAGUAGAACUAGUAAUAGUAUUUGUAACGUCAGUAGUUACAGAAGUUGAUAGAGAAGACUGAGGAUACUGAAAUUCCAUCAAAUUUUAUGUGGACAAAAGUUGCACUAGCAGUUAUGUGCUAUACCUUUCUUCUUCUGUAAUGAUGGAGAAUUUGAACCCCUGUUUAAAGGCUUUGGACCGUUCUCUGAGAUGUGCAAUCUGUUUUGAUUAUUUCAACGUGUGCAUGAUAACAGUCUGUUCCCAUAAUUAUUGCUCUUUCUGUAUUAGGAAGUAUAUGACAUACAAAUCUCAGUGUCCAACAUGUUUUGAAGAAACUUCUGAGCCUCAACUAAGAAACAAUAGAUUAGUGGAUGAGCUUCUAAAGCACUAUCUAAUACUGAGAGAAACUCUCAGAAAGUGUCUCAGGCUGGAAGAACCUGAGGCCGAAGAAUUUGUUGGAAAAACAGAAGUGCCGAACUAUGACCAGACUCUUUCUUGUGGAGUUGAAGAAGAUGAAAAAAAACUGUCGGAGGACUCGGAUAUGGUUUGUGAGGAAAGUUCAAGGAUGCCAUUAGCUGCAGCAUCUUUACCUUCUCCAGGUAUAACAAUCCCAGAAACCACAACAUCAGUUUCAAUGACAGGAAGUUCUACUUGUGAGGAAUAUCCAUCAGUGAUUUCAGAAAGUAGAUCGUUUGUAGACAGAGUGGCCUGUCCUGUCUGUAGUGUUCCAGUUCCACCAAACAACAUUAAUUCUCAUUUAGACAAGUGCCUUCUGAGGGAAGAAAGAAAACAUUUUGAAAAAAAAAAAGAUGGGGAAAAGAGAAAGCCAAUCCCUAAACUUGUAUAUCACUUGCUCUCAGAUAAAGAUUUGAAAAGAAAAAUGAAAGACUUUGGACUAAGUACUCAAGGGAACAGACAGUCUCUUAUUAAACGACAUAAGGCAUUUGUGGUUCUAUACAAUUCUGAGUGUGAUGCUCUGCAACCUUUACCAGUAUUGGAGAUCAUUAAGAAAGUUGAAGAACAAGAAAAAGAAGAAAAGGUCCAGGCUACAGUUACGUCAUUUUUCCAGUAUGACAAGAGGAGUGACUCGGGUGUUAUAGAAGAGGAGCAAAAAAAGUAUUUAAAGCAGCAUGAUAGCCAGUUCCAGCAGCUAAUUGGAGAUGCUCAAAAGAGACAGGAAAGAAAAAAAACAUUUAAAGGUCAAAAAGCUCAACUUUCAAGCAGCAUUUUGCACAGAAGUAACUUCCAGCAGAUAGAAAGUAAGCUAGGCAAGAAACGUGAUGACGGAAACUCAACAUUCAGUGACCUAGCUAGCUCCAGUACUCGGCAGUCUUUAGCCAGCCAACCUCCAUUUUCUAUUUCAGAUUCUGAUGAGCAACAAGAUGAUGAUUGUACCGUAGAAGACAUCAUUUCUGAAUCUAGUGAUCAAGAGAAAAGUUUUAGUUUAUUUGACAACAUUCCAUCAAACUUUGAUUAUUUGAAUGCUAGUGAUUUUCAAGAAACAGAUGGAAAAACAGCUGUGAAAAUAGAUGAACAUUCCAAAAAAAUAAUAAAUUAUAAUGAUAUGAAAAAAGAAAGCUUCGGUGUGAAGGGUGAAAAGAUCAAGGGUGCAGAGAAACAGACAGAUUGUGAUGUAGAAAACAAAGAAAGUCAGAAAACUUUUCCUGAUGAAGAUGGAAAGGAGCCCACCAGUAUUAGUCAUUCUGCUUCAGUCAAACAUGUACCUCCCCCUGUAAGAGGUCAAUUAAGCAUGAUCAGGCAAAGUGUUCAACGGCUGAAACGAAAAAGGGAUUGUCACAAAUCUUCCAGAUCAGUACUUUCUAAAAGGAACAGAUGAAUGAAAACUGCAAAUAUCUCCAAGAGUACUUGCUGGAUGAGAGAGAUGAUAUUCUUAACAAGUGUCUGAAUCUAUUUAUAGUACACUUGUGAUAAGGAAAAGGACUUUCUAAAAAAAAGAAAAAGUCCCUUGUUUUAAAGUUGAAUUUAGACAGGUUUUAAGGAACUAGUUUUUAACAGGGUCUGGAGAUAUCAGAAAACUACAUGUUGUGAAAUGUAUCUAAAUUGUUAGCUGUGGAAAUUCAGAAAUCAAAAAUGUUAUUACAUAUGUAACAUUUACUACUUCUGGAAUUGCCUGGGCUUGUUUUCAUCAAACGUUGUUAGCAGAAGUUAUUUUAACUUUAUGGGACACAUUAUUUCCAGACCUAUGAAGACCUUUAUUCACCACAAGAAAUUGUUUUAUGUGAAAUAUUAUAAGAAAAUAUACUGCUGGUUGCUAAAGAAAAUUGUGUCACAAUUGAGAUGGAAAAUUACUCAAUUUCCUGCUAAAACAGAAAAUAUUGAAGGAAAUGUUUGGUUAUGGAUAUGUAUCACACAUUCUACCUUAAAGAAUUGUGUCUCCUAUAGAAAAUGUGGUGAAACCAUGUAGGAUUUCCUCUUGCAUAGGUUCCCCCUCCGUUGAUGAAGUCACAUAAAGUUAAAUCAUAUUUUUAAAAAAAUGCAUGUUUAAUGUUGCUAAGAGUAAACUUGACCUCAAAAAGUCACUAGUUGAAGUUAUGUAUUAUUAUUAAUAUUAUUUUUUUUACAAAGUUUGUUUUAUAGUAUUAGGAUAAUACCUGGAAAUAGGCUUGGAAUAAUUUUUGUUUCUUCACUAGAACUUCUAUGAAAAAAAUCAGUCCUUGACAGUAGAGAUUAAAUGUAAAGCCUUUUUUUUUGUUUAGCAAAAAAGCAAUUUAAAAAUCAGUAUUUCAGUGUCAAAGUUAUUUCGUUUUGUGUCUUAGCAAAAAACAAAAUUAUGAACAGUUUUCAUAUCUCAGUAAGCCUCUCAUAUUUCUCCAGUAAAUCAUUAGUAGUAGUAGUAAUAAUACGUUCGCUCCUUGUAAGAUGGCAUUUUUUCAUGCAGUGAUAAAAAUUUUAAAACAAUGUGUUAUGUAAAAUGUUUAUUGAAGUGGCAGGCUAGAUUAUAUAACUUUUUUUAAACAAAUAGUGUGGUGAAUGAGACUUUAUGACGCUUUAAUGGUAAGCUCAGGCCCGGCAUGGCCAGGUGGUUAGGGCGCUCAACUCGCAAUCUGCGGGUCGCGGGUUCGAAUCCC